GCGUUGUUGUCUGCUUGUUAACAAUAAUUUGUCUUGUCGUUGCUUUGUGUGUUUUAUUGCACAUUCUUCAAUAAUCCCAUAACUUUUCAAGCUACGUGAAUUCCCCAAAACAACCCUCAAAAGUCCCAUCUUUAUCUCAAAUCUUCUUCCCUUUUCCCCCUUUGCCGCUUCCCAUUUUUGACUUUAAAAACACAGGGAAAUCAACUUGCUUUAUUCGAUUGAAGAACAAGAAAUCGGAGUUUAUUCGAGAAGGAAAUGAGCACAGGAGUAAGCACAUUCGUGAUCAGAUGGAUUAAUUUUCUAACUAUGUUUGUAGCUGUAGGUGUAAUUGGUUUUGGCGUGUGGAUUAGCGCUCAUCAUGAUGGUUGUAGAAAGUCGCUCACUCUUCCAAUUUUGGGUCUUGGCGCUCUAAUAUUCUUGAUAUCAGUUAUCGGGUUUUUUGGCGCGCUAAAGAACAACUCUAUUUUACUAUGGAUGUAUUUGAUCAUGCUUUGCUUGAUUUUAUUGGGAAUUAUUUUAUUUACUGUAUUAGCGUUUAUUAUAACUAACAAUGGCACUGGUCAUAAUGUUGUGGGUUUGAGAUUUAAGGAGUAUCGACUUCAAGAUUACAAUACAUGGUUUCUAAAAGAAUUGAAUAACACACAUAACUGGAAGCACUUGCAAACUUGUCUUGUGAAAGCUGAUGAUUGUAGUAACUUAUCAAAAAGAUUCAAGACUCUUAAACAAUAUGAAUUGGCAAAAUUAACUCCCAUUGAAGCUGGUUGUUGCAGACCACCAUCUGUGUGUGGCUACCCUGUUGUGAAUGCCUCUUACUAUGACUUGACCUUCCAUCCAAUCAGCUCCAAUAAAGACUGCAAACUUUACAAGAAUCGAAAACCCAUCAAGUGCUACAACUGUGAUUCCUGCAAAGCAGGAGUAGCAGAAUACAUGAAAAAAGAAUGGCGUGUGGUUGCUAUCUUUAACGUGGUCUUGUUUGUUGUCUUGACUAUGAUAUAUUUUGUGGGAUGUUGUGCGAGACGAAAUGCUGCAAGUAGCCAUGACAAAUCUUGAAACUUGAAGAAUUGUGUGAUUCUGAAUUCUUUUUGCUUUUGAUGUAAUUGAAAAGUGAAAACAAAAGUAAUGUAAAGAUUUCAAGAAAUUUAGUAACAAUUCCUUCAUUCAUGA